UGUCGCCGCCAGAACUAGAAGAGACUCUAUUAGCGUCAGACAGUGGUCUAAACCUUGUUGUUCGAAAAACGUGACCGACUUCAUCAUCUCAAGUGGCUAUAACUAAAGGGCGAAAUUUUGCACAGUGUGUGUUGGUAAACUGUUCAAGAGGCGUGAGGCUCUUCUCGUUUCUUAACACAGUUAAAAUCCGGUUCAAGUUGGUUGAAGGAUAUUGGGGUUCGUAAUCAGUAGCAGCGAUCGGGUGGCUGCAUUAUUUUUAACUACAUUUCUGGUGCACUGAAGGUGCUCCGUUCUUCUCGUGUGUGUAAAAGGAUCUCGGUUACAACGAGUACAACGUGAAAGGGAAAUGUGAUAUCUUGUGCAGUGCAAAUAUUCCUACACACAAGUCGUCUGCUUAGCGGCAGUGAAAGAGCCCUCCACCGUGCUCUGCCUCCGGUCUAAAAAUAAGACCCUGCACACGCUGUAAAGGCCAGAAUAAAAUAAAACUGAUGAGUGGGACACCUUCUUCGGAAUUACAUUGCACUGUAUUAUCUAGAAGAGAAACAAUGACGUCGACGAAGUUGGUCUUUUUGUUUUCAGUGGCUGUGAUAUCGUUGGGAACAGUCAGAACAGCUGAAGCGGAUCUACCUCAUGUCGAGAUAUCGAACUGGGCCAUCCGCUUCGGUGCGCAGAUGUGGGAAAUUGGAAAACAAGUCACCAGGAUACGAGAAAUUAAAGAGCGCUAUCAAAGUGAAGCCAAAAUUGAGCAAGUGGAUGGAUUCGCCAUGGUCAAAGAGAUGGCCGAAGAAAUGGAGAACAUGAUGGGCGACAAAAUCGAAGCUAUCAAGAGGAUUAUGGACGCGGCGGAACAGCUGUCCGUUUCACAUCCGCGAUUAUCACGACAAGAUUUGUACGAGAUGAGACAACGUGCCGAGACUAUCGAAUACUACAAUGCCAAGCGUCUGAACAUGUAUCAUAAAUCGGGUCCGAGGGCCGGUGAACUGCUCGACAACCACAAGGAACUUAUCAUGUCCAACAGCCAACAUUUCGGUAAUGUAGGCGUCAACACGAGCGUCAGCGCCGUUCACGUGCCCACCAACGUCUUCGAUGGAGGGCCAGACGUGAUGAAUGGCAUCCUUUGGUCCGAACAACUUGAUCGCAUUUUCAUGACCAAUUACGAAUCGGAUCCAUCUCUGACUUGGCAGUAUUUCGGCAGUUCUACAGGAUUUAUGCGACAGUAUCCAGCUACAAAGUGGGGUCAGGGUGAAUGGGAACCCGAUUUGUUCGACUGUCGGCUGAGACCGUGGUAUCUUCAAGCAGCUGCCAGUCCCAAGGAUAUGAUCAUUUUGGUAGACACUUCCGGCUCGAUGACAGGAGUUCGUAAAGAGAUUGCUAAGCACGUCGUUCUGACGUUGCUCGAUACUCUUUCCGAAAACGACUUUAUCAACAUCUACAAGUUCAGCGAAGUUCCUGUUCCAGUCGUCCCGUGCUUCAAAGAUAAACUAGUUCAGGCUAAUUUGGAGAAUGUAAGAGAAUUACGGAAUGGCAUGAUGGAAAGUGAGACAAGCGACAUCGCGAACUUCACGUCAGCGUUCACGACCGCGUUCGAAAUCUUGGCUAAGUAUAAUCGGACGACGCAAGGGUCGCAGUGCAACCAAGCUAUUAUGUUGGUGACAGAUGGGGCUCCAGUCGGUUAUCGCGAGAUAUUCGAAAAAUACAAUUGGCCGCAUAAGCCAGUGCGUGUCUUUACCUACGUCAUCGGACGGGAAAUCAUCGACACAGCUGCUACCAAUUGGAUGGCGUGCGCCAACAAAGGUUAUUUCGCGAGAGUCACGUCUUUGGCUGAAGUCCGGGAGCAGGUUCUCAAGUAUAUUCCGGUUCUCUCGCGUCCCAUGGUUAUGUACCAAAAAGACCACCCUGUCAUUUGGACUUCUGCUUAUAUCGACAUCGCGGAACCCAAACUGAGUGACUGGCUGUGGGAGAUCAGAGAGCGCCGGAAGCAGCGUGAUCGUUCGCUCAACUACCGUGCUCUCCUGCGGUUGAUCAGCGAGCGGAAUAAUGCUCAGAGCGACGAUACUUCAAAUGUGACGGGCAACAAUACUCGUGAUGCUAGUGGCAGACCCACUAUCAGCAUGACUGUUGAACAGUAUCUCACCUAUGGCAAUCUUGUCAAUGAGGAACGUCUCAAUGCUCACCGGAUAAAACAAGAGCGUGAAGAAGCAGCCAAUCCUGCCAACAAUCAGCAGCAUAACCGCCAAGGCAAAUCCGUUACCAGCACGACGCCUAAUCCCGUGUCUUCUGUUCCAACUAAACAUCCCGAUGGACCUCGGGCUGAGGCCCUAGUCAAGCCGGAUACUCUCAAAGCUUGGCUAAAACGAAUUGAGACGCGGACCAAACCGAAAUUCCUAAUGGCCAUCUCAGUGGCCACUCCAGUAUACGACCGCAAGAACUUUUCGAAUAUCAUUGAGAAAAUACUGAUCAACGACAUCUGGGAAGAAAAAACGCGAACGGUAAGGACAGCCAAUCUUCUGGGGGUUGCUGGUACAGACAUACCAGUCACAGAAUUGAAAAAACGCACACCGGCCUACAAGUUGGGAGUCAACGGCUACUCAUUCAUUGUCAACAACAAUGGCUUCGUACUUCAUCAUCCCGAUCAUCGACCUUUGGACGCGGACGGACUUCUGAAACCCAACUACAACACGGUCGAUUUGUCUGAAGUUGAGUUGGUUGAUUCAGAUGGCGGUCCACGUGAAAACGACACAUAUCUCAUGACCAUGCGCCGCGAGAUGAUCGAAAGGCGUGAGGGUGAGACGUCGUUCAAAGUGAGGGUUCACCACGAUGGCAUGAGAAGGGUCAGCGUUCGUCGGCAGCGCUAUUAUUACCGUGGGCUGAAGGGCACACCUUACAGCCUGGGUUUGGCGCUGCCUGAUGGAUACGGCCAUUUUCGCGUCGUGGCUGAAACCGAAGUCAAGCGUCUGAUGGCUGAUCACAAUAUCAAUGUUUCAUCCUUCUUCUCCGGCAAGAACUGGAAAAUUCACCCCGACUGGAUCUACUGUCGCUACAACUACGACCAUCUGAAAUCGUUCGAUUCUCCCGAAGCUCAAGUAAUGCACUUCGUUGAUCGGACGCAACGGGAGCGUUGGCGAUGGAACUCCAAACACCCGCGACCCUCUCACGACAGUGCCCGCUCCCACAAGCAAGACGAUAACUUUUACUGUGACAAACAUCUGAUGCAGUCCCUGAUUUUUGAUGCCCAGGCCACCGAAGUGUUCGAUAAGAAUAUUUCUCUUAGCAUUGACCGUCAAGAUCCAGGUUUAGGCAUGCUCAUGGCACUACUAGCCAGACAUGCCAUGUUCAAGCUGUUCGGGAUUUCUGUCGCCUUCGUCGCCACACGAAGUGGCCUGUUGCGCUGGCAGGACAUCAGCACCAUUGACGACAAGCAUUUCAGCGAGGCCAAUCUCAACGCUAUUGACCAGACUUGGUACAAGAGGGCCGUCGAUCAAUACUCCGUGGAGCCGGAUAGCUUUGUCUACUCGGUGCCUUUCAGUACCGGUACAGGAAUUACCAAUGAGAGUGUCGUGACUGCUUCCCAUGCCAUAUUCGUCGAGAAGGGUGGAUACAAAGCACCCGCUGCUGUUGUAGGUCUUCAGUACAAGAACAGCGCCUUCCGCGAGACCUUCUUCAACAUCACAUCAGGAUGCACCGGCGGAGUACAAUGUAGAAGGACAUGCAGUUCCGGCGACUUGUCCUGUUACGUAGUAGACAAUCAUGGCUAUAUCGUGAUCUCAAAAGAGGAAAGAGACACAGGACGAUUUUUCGGCGAAAUUGAUUGGCUUGUUAUGGAUUCAUUGAUCCAUUAUGGGGUCUUUAAAAGGGUUCGCAUUUACGACUACCAAGCGGUUUGCAAGGAUAUGCAAGGACACCGUAGUGCCGCUAAUUUCAUUCUAACACCAUUACGUUACAUGAAGUGGUUCGUUCAAUGGAUGGUAGGCCGUGCCACUUGGUUAAUACUCCAAACUCAAAUUGCUCAUUUGAUGAAUCCGGACUGGGCUUGGGCAAUGGAACAAGAACAAGCGGAUUACCACAACGAAGAUAAUGACGAAAGCCCCGGGCCAACCCCAACUGGCGGCGAAUUCAUGGCCGACGGAGACAUUUCCAUAAUCGUUCAUGAUGAAGCUGUUACCAUGGAUAACGCUUACGCUAAUAAAACACGACCACGGCCGUGCGACCAACAGGCGGAUUUGUACGUGUUGCAACCUGAAAAACUAUUUAAAGGCGAUAAACCCGACUCGGUUAAAGGGAAACAGAACUGCAAUUCCAACAACUUAGGCGCCCGUCAAUGCGAGAGACAUUACAGUACGCACAAAAUACCCCACUCCAAUCUGCUACUGCUGGUCAUAGACACUACGUGUAGAUGUGAAACGCAGAAACAAAAGAUUGAAAUGGAAGAGGUCAGAGUCAAUGAGUCAUUGUUCUGUGAACGACCUCAGGAGAACUUGUAUCGUCUUCGUCCCUCCGUUUGUCUCAGUUAUCAUCCAGAGGAGGAAGAAAUAAAGCAGUGUGGUAAAGGGAGCCUGCAGCUACCGUCUCUUCUGCUUAUGACAACAACCAUAAUUUAUUCAAUUCUAAAAGCUAUCUAAUUUAUUGCCUAAUAUGGUUCCGCAUCACUUGUUACAAUUGGAAUUAUUACGGUUGAUUGGAUGGAUGAUUCAUAAUUUUCGCGCCAUCAAGAUUUUGUUUUCAUUGCGUAGGGCCCGUAGUUCCUGGUGAUUUUAAAUGUUUCUUUACUGUGGUCAACUUGUAGCAGCAGCCCCUACUUUAUUAUGGAUCUAUCAGUGAUUGAUGUACAUGGCGAUACCUGGUUUAUGUAUGUGAAUUAUGCGAGCGAGUAGUGAUGGGGUGCAACACGACUUCUCUAAGAAUUAGUUCAGCCGGAUAAGAGGACGUACUAAGCCUACUUCAUACAUAUCACUUGUUAAAAAUUUUCUGGUACGGAGCGUGCUUCUUCAUCUGGCUGCGAAUGGUUUUACGUUUGUUGUCAAGUCCAUGGACUUUGUAUUUGUGACGACUGACAAGCUUGUUAUUUAUUUGCAACUGUUAGAGUCCAGAAGUUUUGUUAUUUAUUUUUUUUUUAUUCUCACAUUGACGUUUGAUAUUACAUUAAAAUUUGUAAAAGAAAGUUUGGGUUUGGGACAUUUUCAUGUCGUUUAAAAUGCCUGUUACUGCAGACACGAUUGUUCUCUUUUCAUCUUCUGUGGUUUAUGCGCAUCGAUUGUCGAGUCUCGUCUCUUUUUUGUUAGUGCUUUUCAUGAAAAAUUCCUUUUCCCUAUUGAUGCUUCGAUUGAAACUGGAAAUAUUUAUAUUACCCUUGCGUGCUUGGUUUUCCCUUCUUUAAUUAAAGAGCGUUUUUUUUUUUUCAAACCUUCCUCAUGAGGAUGCCAAUGGUCUACAUUUCUAGUACGACCUUCGGUCCAAUUACAAAAAGUUCUCUAAUAAAUAACAAUUUUAUUAUUGAA